GUUUUGCCUGCCUGACUUUUACUACUACUAGCAACAGAAACCUCCUGGAUCACUGACUGGAGAAGGCUUGUAGCAAGACAACGGCACUAACCACACGGAGACUAUUUUGUCUUCUUCAGGUGCUCUUCCUCCUUUAAGCCACUUCUUCCACCAAUGCAGCUAUGGAGGUGAAAACCUGGAAGCUCUUCACUGCCUUUCUGUGUUGCACUGGAUUCCUCCUGGCUCUUUCAAGGGCUCAGGAGAAAGACUCAAUAGCGCUCUUCAGAAAAGCUGUGGUGAAAUUUGGAGGCUUCUUUGUGUUGAAUUGCACAACGGGCAACAGCAGCAACAGUAGCUGUGAUAUUCAGGAGAGGUCUUCUCACAGAUAUGAUUAUAGAAAAGAAGGGCCUACCUGGAAAGCUUUCACUUUCAUUGCUGUUUACUGGUCACUCAAUGCAUCUUGUGUUGUGACCUGUAAUAAUGAACCCAGCUCUCGGGAAACGAUUGUCACAGUUUACCAACCUCCACAGAAGAUUGAGCUGGAUCCAGUACCAGAAAUGGAAGUGGGCAAGUUGUAUAAUUUAACAUGCCGAGUUUUUGGUGUAGCCCCCAUUCAGAGCCUCACUGUGACUUUGAUGAAAGGGGAAGAGCAACUUCUGGUAAAGACCUUUGAGGAUCAUACUUACCCUGAGGCUGGUGAUGUUGUGGUGAACCAUAGCAUAAUAGCUCAGGAAGAUGAUUACAGCAAGACAAUCAUCUGCCAAACAUCCCUGGAUCUGAGACCAAGAGGACCACUCCUGAAAAACACCUCCCACGAUGCCACUACAGGACGUCUCAAGCAAAUGACCCUGGAACUCCAGAAGCCAUCGCCAGGCCAGAGCUGGUCCUAUAACCUGAUAUGCCACAUAAUAAGAGUCAAUCCCUGCCUUAGCCUUGUGGUGACCUUUUUUAAAGGGUCAAAGAGGUUGGGUACGCCAAGUUUUACAAACUGUACUUGGGUUGAAACAGAAAACUAUACGGUCACUCUCUCUGUCACCCUCCAUCCAGAGGACCAUGGUCAGGAAGCUUAUUGUCAUGCAGCCGUGCAUUUCAGCCUACAGGAACCAGUCUAUCAAAUCAAAUCUUCAGAGGUUUCACUCAAGACUGCUGAAUCCUAUUUGGCUAUCAUUGUAGCUGUUACUGCUGUUGCUGCUUUGCUAGUCUGUGUGCUGGGGGUCUUUCUCAUCUUCAUCAUUAAACUUUGGAUCAAUUAAUGCAAUGGAAAGGGAAACUCAAUGAAUCAAAAAUCUAUAUAUUAUUUAAGAAGAGUGACCAGAGUAAACGUUCUGCUUCACGAACAUCUCAUUUGCAAGGAAUGUGUCAUGACACAAUAGUGAAUCAUUUUAUAUAUGGAAAGAAUAUUAAGAAAAGCUCACAAUAUCAUAUCCAGGUUUCAUCUUGAGCAUGUGGACAUUGGAAUCAGGAAAACAUGUCCCGUUCUCCGGCAUUCUUCUUCCUGCUUGAAAUGUUCCAUUACAAGGUACUAAAGAUGGCUUCCAGGCCUGACACAAUGAUUGGCUGGUGUCAUAAACCUUUGUGAGAUGGAUUCCCAUCAAGUCAUAGCCUGAAGGACUGUUUACAUUUGAGAAUUUUUUGAUAAUUAUAAAACAAGCAGUGAUCAUUCAUAUAUUUUUACAAGGACCGCAUUUCCUAGAAGAUGCACAUGGGAAAGGAAUGUCAACAAUCAUGUAUGAUCUAUUCAUUCUUUUAAUAAAUGGACAGGGAAAUAUUAUAUUCAUGUAAAUUCCCUUCCCCUUCCCCUAGUAUAUAUAAUAUUAUAGAAUGAAGUGAAUAAUGCAUUUAUUAGCAAUACAACAACUUUGUAACUAUAAUACUUUGAGAACAAGUAAUGAAAUACAAGUACAAAGGUAUACAAAAUUGGGGACAUUUGCUACCAAAGAAACCCAUAGGAAAGUGGAGUAUCAGGACAUAAAUUAGCACAAUGAAAUCAAUGGCCAUUUUCUCUUCAACAAUACUAACAUUCUAUAUUUCCAGGUAUUCAGAGUAUUUUCAGUAUGUAGCUACAGAAAUUUAAGGGAACAGGACAAUAGCCUGAACCUGAAUACCUGAAAACUGCACCAACAAGUUGCUUUCUCAUUCUAACAAUUGGUUAAAGAAAAGAGUUACUCCUGAAAUUGUAUCUUCCAAUGACUGUUUAACAUAACCUCAAGGAUUUUGCACGGCAAGACAGUCAAUAUAGGAGUGAUCAAUUGCCCUUGGACUGCAAAGUAAAAUAAGAGAAGAAAGAACUUUUUUCAGCUUCUUGUGGCUGAAAAAUUCCUGCACAACUUUUCUGCAGAACUUGGGAGGGAAGGCUGUUCCACCAGGCCUGGGGAAUAAAGGCUAUUCAAUGAUAACAUGAAGAUAAGCAACUGAUUAAAAUGCUUCUUCAAAUAAAAUGUCAUAAUUGCUGGUUAAACAAGAUGAAUAUAAACAGAGAUAAUCUGAAGGGAGAUGAAGAAAGAAAAAUAUGAAUUAUUUAGUGCAAUCCCAGAAGUAUAUCCACCUGAUAAAGUGCGAGAGCUCAAUUUGAUGAGUUUUAUCAGAGUUACCUAGGAUUCAUGGUGGCCAUGUGCAGCAACCUACACUAAAGAUACAGAGACUCAGCCAGAGAUUCAGGGCAACAGCCUUUCUUUGACAUCAAAGAGAGCUAAGAAAAGAUUUCUGCCCCAGGCUUCACCAGCAGCCGUGAAGAGGCUGGAAUAUGACAAACAAGGACCACAAGGAAGGCACUGCUUUAGAAAGAUCUUUAAAACCAGCAGAACUAGCAAACAAAUACAAACCUAUCUCAUGUUAUUCUGUUUUUAAAAGUUUGCCAAACACCUACAGUUGAUUUUUUUUUAAUUGUGCUUUCUUAAUCAUACCCAGCAAAAGUAUGUGUGUGUAUAACUGGAUGACAACAUGAAAUAAAAAUUAGCUGCCACCCAAAAUACUGGAAAUCUAUAUUACAAAUUAAACAAGUUUUAAAAUCUGACAAACUA